ACCUACUUCUCCAGGCACCACUACACCAUUGGAUGGCCUGUUGUUUUUGGGGCACUCAAAAGAUCAGCUUGGAUGGGCUCUCCCCACUAUUUGUGGUUUCUGCAGUGAGGAUUCACCCUCAUUAGUUAAUAAUUUUGUAACUUAUCUGCAGAAAACGUUGUUUUGAGCUCAUAAAGCAGUAGUAGCAGUAUGCAAAUUAGGGAGCCAAAUUAACGUCUCUUUCACCAAUGCGAUUCGGCUCCAUACGUUCACCAAAAAGAUCCGUUCAAAAAGAGCCGUUCGUUCGCGAACGACCCAUCACUACUGUGAGUCGGACAAACAUGGCGGCGGUUCGGUAGAUCAAGACCGGACGACGAGCUUCAUUUUAUUAAUGUCAACAGUCACGGAUAAACCAGAGCCCGAGAAGAACCGAAUAGAGACUCCGUGUAUAGUGGCAAACGGAAAAAUUGUAUCAGCAUAUUAUUAUUUUUCAUCCAAGAAACGUCAUACAGGUUUGUGUGACAACAGUGAACAGUAGAACGCUUCACUUACAGCGCAAUGGAUAAUUAUUUUGCUGUACAUCCUGAACCUUGUUUGGGAUUUUAGGAGACUUCAGAGAAAUGUGUGGGAGGUAAUCUCCAGUCACUCAGUUACCACCCCUUUCCCUUUCUCCCCUUCCGUCUCCCCCCCCCCACCCUGCAAUUAUGGCGUCAUCCCCUCCUGCAGCCCCCUUGACAACGUCCCCCUCCACCCUCCGCCCUCCCUCGGCUCUGGACUCUCUCUCCAUGUCCUCUCUCCUGUCUGGGGACCUGGAGGACGAGGCGGGAGACAGAGGGGGCGAUGAGGGUGGCCUGGGUGACCUGGAGGUGAACCCAUACGACGGCUUGCCCUUCUCGUCACGCUACUACUCCCUGCUGGAGGAGAGGAUGAAGCUUCCUGUUUGGAGCCUUAAGUACCGCCUGCUGGAACACCUGGAGACAAACAGCAUGGUCGUGGUCAGCGCCCCCAGUGGCACGGGAAAGAGCACACAGGUGCCCCAGUGGUGUGUGGAGUAUGCCCAGUUCCAUGAGUUCUCCCAUGGCUUGGUGUGCUGUUCCCAACCCUAUGCUGUGGCUGCAGCGAGUCUGGCCCUCAGAGUGGCUGAUGAGAUGGACCUGAGUAUGGGCCUGGAGGUCGGCUACUGUGUCCCCCACGAUGAUGGCUGUACCACCGAUACGCUACUCAGGUUUGUCAGUGACUCUCUGCUCCUGGGAGAGAUGAUGUCGGACCCCCUGCUGCGUCAGUACGGGGUGCUGGUGGUGGACGAGGUGCAGGAGCGCACGGUGCCCACCGACGUCCUCCUGGGCCUGCUGCGGGACGUGUGCAACCAGCGCUCCGACAACCUCCGCGUGGUCCUGCUCACCGACCCCUCCCUCGCCCCCAGCCUUGCCACCUUCCUGGGUGAAAGAGUUCCGCUUCUAACACUGGAUGAGCCUGUCGGAGGUACACCCGACACAGAGAUGUGGAGGAGACCACUGGUUGUCAUGGAAACGGUGUACAGGGAUCCUGGCGGGAGGGAGUCGGCGGCGGCAGCGUGUCACAUGGUGUUGGAUCUUCACCGCAGGGGGGAGGAGGGGGAUGUAAUGGUCUUUCUCCCCAGCGCCCAGGAGAUAGAUGAGUGUGGCUUUCUGCUGCAGAAGGAGUCUGUGGCCCUGAGUCCUCAGCUGGGGCCCCUCAGAGUUCUACACCUCCAUACGGGCCUCGGGGGGGACAUCCAGCGCGUCUACGAACCUGAGCCAGAAAGGCCUUCUGGUGACACGGAGGGGUCUGAAGGACUGGAAGGGCCAGGGAUAGGGGUGGGGAUGGGAGUGAGGCGCAGGGUUAUCCUCACAGACACCCUGGGGGAGGCCUCCUUCUCUCAAUCUUCAGUGCGCUACGUCAUAGACACAGGCAUGCAACUCAAGACAGUUUACAACCCUCAAAUCAGAGCAGACUCACAGGUCCUGCGUCCAAUCAGCCGGCACCAAGCAGACAUGCGGACGCAGAGGGUAAACGGUGACCUACCAGGUCUGUGUUUCCGUCUGUACCCCCAGGCUCUUUAUGAGGAGGGCAUGGCAGAGGCCCGCAGCCCGGGGGUGAUGGAAGAGAACCUCAGCCACCUGGUGCUGCUCCUCAAGAGGCUGGACAUCGCUGACAUGGGCCAGUGCAAGUUCCUGGACAGGCCUGCUCCCGAGGCUCUGAUGCAGGCUCUGGAGGACCUGGACUACCUUGCAGCGUUGGAUGAUGAUGGGAACCUGUCUGAAGUGGGCAUCAUUAUGUCAGAGCUGCCUCUGGAGCCUUCGCUGGCUAAGGCCCUCAUCGCUGCCUGUGAGUUUGACUGUGUCAAUGAGCUGCUCACCAUCGCCGCCAUGCUCACAGCUCCCCCCUGCUUUGUGACCCCCCCACCCCAGAAAGAGGAGGCAGCAGCCACUCACAGACGUCCACUGUUGCACAAUGAGGGAGACCACCUCACACUCAUCAACAUCUACAACGCCUAUAUACAGCACAAUGAGGAUGAUGCCUGGUGUACUACCAACUUCCUGAACCCCGCUGCAUUAAGAUUGGCUGGGAUGAUUAGGGCGGAGCUGCUGGAGGUGAUGCAACGAAUAGAGUUGCCCGUCUCGCCUCCUGCGUUUGGUUGCCAAGACAACUGCACUAAUAUCAAGCGUGCGCUCAUCUCAGGGUUCUUCCUCAAGGUGGCUCAUGAUGUGGACGGUUCAGGUAACUACCUCCUGUUGACUCACCGUCACGUGGCUCACCUCCACCCCUUCUCUUCCUAUCUGUGUCGCCGGCCGCGCCCCAACCCCCCCUCCUGGGUGCUCUACCACGAAUUUACCAUCUCCCACGACAACUGUGUCCGCACCGCCUCCGAGGUGCAUCCCCACAUGUUGGUGGAGCUGGCCCCUCAGUACUACCUGGGCAACCUGCCGUCCAGCGAGGGACGGGACCAGCUGAUGGAGCUGAGACAGAGUCUGCUGCCCCCAGAGGAGGAACAGGAGAGGGGGCCGGAGGGGACCUACGACACAUCCCACAUUGAGGAACACUUAGACAGGACCGCAGAUCCACGUAAUCAGGACAGCACUGAGCUGUGUGUCAUACAGUGACGGGAACGACCUGGCCGACCAAAAGCAGAACCAAGGGAGGAGAACCUGAGAUGGAGGACAUUGAUGCACUACGCACACUCAAAGUGCUACUGGGAACACACUACAGAACUGUACUGUUGCACGGACAGCUGAUGAGGGAGAGAAUGUACAGUACACUCUCCGGCCAUACACAGCUGUAUGGAAGCAGUUGUUUCCAUCUGAGUGAAUAGGGCUCACUUACAGGUGUUAGUGAAAUAUUUUUCAAAUGAGAUUACAUGCAUUUUUGGCACAUGAAAAUGUUUGAGACUGAACCUGCAGAGUUCCUAUAAAAUAAACCGUAUACUGGUACCCAAAGUAAUAUACAGUGUAUUUGGAAAGUAUUUAGACCCCUUGACUUUUGGCUUGAUUUUUGCCAACUAUGGGACCUUAUAUAGACAGGUGUGUGCCUUUCCAAAUCAUGUCCAAUCAAUUUAAUUUACCACAGGUGGACUCCAAUCAAGUUGUAGAAACAUCUCAAGGAGUUCAAUAUCGAGUCCCAUAGCAAAGGGUCUGAAAGGUCCCCUGUUUUUAUUUUUUAUAAUGUGCAAAUGUUUCUAAAAACCUGUUUUUCACUUUGUCAUUAUAGGGCAUUGUAUGUAGAUUGAUGGCCAAAGAGUUCAAUCUUGGUAGAAUAAGGCUGUAACGUAACGAAAUGUAAAAAAAAAAGGAAGGGGUUUGAAUACUUUCCGAAUGCACUGUUGAGAAUUAUAUAUUGUCAGAAGAGUUGACUAUUCUACGAGGGUACCUGAUACUUCACUGAAGAUAUCAGUCAGCUGUCAGGUGGACAUGAAUCCUUUCAAUGAUGACAGUUGAGGUAUAUUAUUGAUGCUGUCACUUCCAGGGAAUAUGUGUUUUUUUGUUUGUUGUGGCACCAGCACCUAUCUCUUCAGUGGAAACUUUGAUCCCUUUGUAGAAGUACCCAAUCACAGAAGUUUGAUGUGGACUGGACAUGUGAUUCUCAGGGCUCAGUUGGGUUUAUAGAGGGCGAUCUACCAUUGUACAGAGCUUCCAUGUUGAGGGAUUUAGAAUCCAGUUUUUGCUACCGUUGUUCUUUGUAUUCUAUUGGGUUUAGUGUUUGUAUCUGGACCCCUCUUCCCCCACUCCAAUGUGUUUAAAUAAUCAAAUAUUUGUGUGUGCAAAUCAAGGGUGUCAGGUCAGCCUCCCCUAUCUAAAAAAACUUUUUAGUAUAUGAUAUUGAACAUCAAAAUAAAAGGUUAAUUUGUUGAA